GAAAACAAGUGUUAGAAACUUCAGUGCUUGUAUCAGCGGCAAUUUACAUAAGCGUGCUGGAAUAAACGCGCCUGUCUGGAUUAUUAAUGCUUGUCUCUGAGAGUUGAAGUGCUUUAUUCAGGUUACAGUUUCAAUAAAUCAUCUUCCGUGGACAUUGAAUGGUGUAUUGUGAAGAUGAGGGAUUUAACGUGUCUGUUGGUGUUUGUAUUGAUCAUCUGCACGACGGUACGAGCGAGGUGUCCUAAGGUGUGUAAGUGUCCGGCGGAGCGGCCCGUGUGCCCGCCAGGCGUCAGUGCGGUGCCCGAUGGCUGCGGCUGCUGUAAGGUUUGUGCCGCCCAGCUAAAUGACGACUGCCAUGAAGGCAAACCCUGUGACCAUCACAAGGGCCUGGAGUGUAACUAUGGCAAUGAUGUGGCCAGUCUCCAUGGAAUCUGCCGGGCCAAACUGGAAGGCCGCUCCUGCGAAUACAACGGCCGCAUGUAUCAGAAUGGAGAAAACUUUCGCGCGGGCUGCAAACACCAGUGCACCUGUAUCGAUGGGGCGGUGGGCUGCGUGCCCCUUUGCCCCACUGAUAUUCCUCUGGCAUCACCAUCCUGUCCCUCACCUCGACUGGUCAAAAUCCCCGGCCAGUGCUGCCUCAGCGUGGACUGUCACGGCGAGUCCUCCGUCCUACCGCCAGUGUUUAGACGGCUGCAGCCUCCUCCGUAUCUGUUCCCUGACCUGCACACCUACAAGAAACCCCGACCAAAGCCGUACCCCUACAAGUAUAAAGACUCCCUGAGCAACGAGCUCAUAGAGGUGGAGAAAAAGUGGGACAAACCGCGCAGUCGAAAGCAUUUGCCAGCAUGGAAGCAAGCCGGACGGCAAUGUGUUGCGCAGACGACAAGCUGGACGCCUUGUUCACGCAGCUGCGGGAUGGGCGUUUCAUCUCGGGUCACCAAUGAGAACGCGCAGUGCAAGCUGCUGAAGGAAACCAGACUCUGCAACAUUCGUCCCUGUAGUUCUGUGGCUGUGCCUAUAAAGAAGGGGAGGAAGUGUUCUCGUACGCAGAAGUCUCCCGAGCCUCUGCGUCUGCACUACGCUGGCUGCCGCAGCACACGCCUCUAUCGGCCCAACUACUGCGGGACGUGUCUGGACGGGCGAUGCUGCUCGCCCCGCCGCACACGGACAGCCCCCGUGCUCUUCGCCUGCCCUGAUGGAGAGCACUUCGAGAGGGCCGUCAUGUUUGUGCAGUCCUGCAAAUGCAACGACGAAUGUGGCCACCUGAACGAAGCGGCACUCACGCCCCAACGUUGGCUGUAUGGCGACAUACACAAGUUUGUUGAUUAACAUCUUGUUUGUCCAAAGACCCACCCCCAUGUCUUUCCCCAACCAAUAGAGUAGCGUUUCGAAGUGUAACUCUGAGUAGACGCUAGGCAGAGGCCUUAUUAUAAUGCAAA